AGCACCUAGUCAGUUUAAAGAAGGCUAGGCAGAUAGCAGUAUUCCGAAUAAUUAUCAAUAAAUAGUAAUUCUAGACUUUUUUAAAACGUUGAGAUCUGACAAUGUUGAUGGCAAUUACCUUCUGCAGAUGCAAGGUCCAACUUGUUUAGCACUGAUUCAUUUGGUUAUAUUCUUAUGCACUGCCGUUGCAGGUGUUGGAGGCUUCAGUUGCUACAAGUGUCGUAGUGGUACGGCGUGCGACACGGUGACGAAGGACAUGGAGACCGAGUGCGCUUCGACCCAGGGCGACGUGCAUUCCUGCAUCAAAGCCGAUGUGGACGGCAAAGUGAUCCGGGACUGCGGGAUACCCAGCAGUCUGGCCCAUGAGUGCCGACUAGAAUCGGGCGUGAGGGUGUGCAUGUGCACGUCCAAUCUGUGCAACGGUGUGACUAGCUGGCGACGCUACAACUGGGCGCUCUUCGUCGCUCUGACCGUGGCGGGAAUUUUGUUGUUUGUGACCAGCUUGCAAGUCGUUAAGUCACGAUUCUGAGGGAAAAUCUGUUUGACUUUAUUCUUUUGAAAGACAUAACAUAAUGGCAUAAUGAGACGAUCACGGCAAUGUCAAGACAACAUCACUGUUUUUGAUUUAUUCCUACGGGCUGCAGUAUCAAAAAUGGUUCUGACAAAUUUGACUAUUGCUCAAUGACCACUUGUAUUGAGGAAG